AUGGCUUCCGGGCACAACUCAGCAUAUUCCGCGUCCACCCAACACCGUGCAUUGGGUGACGGACGCUCCUCGCUCAGCCACGAUGGCGGUUCAGCCGAUGGAAGCUGGCACGAUGGAAUCCCACGCACCGGCAGGAAUGGACGGUCGGAGUCAGGAGGAAGCAGUCAUAUGGGUGGACGAGGAGGCUCAUUAGCACCCUCGUUUGGAGGCCCGGGGAGCUUCAGCGCGGAGCUCAAGAGCAUGCAUUCCCGCAACGUGACACCUCGCCCAGAAGGCGCAUACAACAGACGCGCAAGCAGGUCCAUUGGUGAGGAGGAUUUACACACAACCGAGGAGCGCCAGACAUAUCUUCGAGAUAGAAUCGCAAGGGAGAUGAAGAUCAAGAGCGGAACCGAAAACAUGCUCGAAGCACUGCUAGCGAAACCACCCAAGCAAACCAAAGAACAGCGACUUAGAGUGGAAGGCGAAUUGAGCACCUCCAACCGCAAGUUGGUGGAAUUACAACAUGAGCUGGAAGAAGAGAUCCUACGUGCGCAGGCGCCGGCAUCGACACCCCCACCCAGCAGCCGACUCUCGAGCCUUUUCCGAGCAAGCCCCAUGCGAUCGCCGUCCCGAAAUAAGGACGCUACAAGUUCACUGAACGGCGGCGACGAUGAUAUUGGUGGAGAUGGAGACAUGGAGUCGCCAACCUAUGUUCUCUCGGAAACGCUACAGGCGCUGGAGGUGGAGGGCAUGUCUCCCGAUUUCUACGUUGAACGAGCAAAUAAUCUCGUCGAACUGUUCAAGAGACAUCCCACCUUAAAGUACGAUCUUGCAUGGCCUGUCUUUGGACUCCGAGUUCAAGUCAUGCUUUUGAGUGACAGCAAAGAAGUGGUAGCCGCUGGAUAUCGGCUAACCCGCUAUGCUAUUGCGGACCGCAAAUCUCUCCAAACAAUCAGAUCAUUACAUACCGAUGAGUUGGUGAUACUGUCGCUGGUUAAAGAGACCAAAGCAAGCAUCGAAAGGGAACAAGCACUCAAAUUCGUCAGAGGUUUCCUGGACGUCAAGGAUGGAGUUCGAGAGAUAUCACGUGCGAUAGUACGGACUAUUGUCGCUGUGGCUGAACAUCAUGAAGACCGUCUGCGGAACAUAUCGAUCAUGACUUUGGCCGAAAUACUGGUGAAAGACCCUGAGAUGGUUGCAACUGCUGGUGGAUUUGCCGCGCUGCACGACGCGCUUGCAGAGGGAACAUUUGGUGCUUCCGAAAGUUUGAUCUCAAGCUUCCUGCAUGUUGUGGAUGCGCCGCGCAGUCGAAAAUUCCUUCAAGGCUCAGAAUUAGAAGCUGUUCUCACCCCUUUCACCGAUUCAUUAUCGGACUCGCUACGCAGCGGAAGGUUACAGUCGGCAGCGCGGGCGAUCUCCGCCAUGUUGAAGACCUGGCCUGGCCUGGUAAUUCUUGCCAGACACGAUUCACAACCUUUGCGUUCCCUGCUCGAUUCACUCCAUUAUGAAGACACUACUGCUCGAGGUCUGAUAAUGGAGUUGCUGUUCGAUGCUCUGCGGAUCAAACCGCCAUCCUGGUCAUCAUCCUUCCUUGCGGGCAGACGCCUUACAACCUACGGCAGAGUCUCCAAUCUUCGCUCAGACACCGAAUCCUCAAAGCUCACCCGUAACUUCCACGACAGCAGUAGCAACAAAUUCGACUUGACUGCUCAUUUCUCCACCCUCAUUUUGGCAGGACUAGUAGAAGCAGGAAUCGCAAAGACCCUCUCCGAUGUCAUUGAGAAUGAAACAGAUCUUUCACUCCGACGCAAAGCUACACUGCUAUUGACUGAAGUUCUCAAGCUCGCCCAUCAUUCAUUACCGCAAGCUGUUAGCGCAAAUCUCCAAGUUCUUCCUCAUCUUAUCCCUCCCGCAAUCAACUUCGAGACCGAAAAUCAUGAUCUCUCAACCGCAACUAUCUUCCAGAUUGAUAGUAUAAACCGCACAUUGGCUCGGUCUGGUGCUUAUCCCAGCGGACAGAGUCGUUACAACAUGGAAACCGACAUGUCAGUUCCUCUGCUGCCCAAUGAACAGGGUAAAGACAAGAUGAGCCCCGCUAUGGACGAGACGCAGUUCCGAAACGCUAUUCUAGAGACUCAUGUGCUCAACACCGUCAACUACACGAAAUGGAAAUGGGACAUAAUUCAUCGCUUGGUCGAGGGUCCUCUCACCAACCCCAAAAGAAUGGACGAGGCAAUCAAAGGAUCCAAGUUCAUUAAGCGUCUCAUUGGUUUCUAUCGACCUUUCAAGUAUCGUUUUGCAAUGGUCUCGAACACCAAAGCGAAUCAGCGAUAUGUUCGAACAGGAUGCGUUCUCAUGCGCACACUUGUCAUGACUCCCGAGGGCACCAAGUAUCUAGCGGAAAACAAAUUCCUUCGCCAGGUUGCAGAGUGCUUGGCUCAGUUGGAUCGUAUGAGUGGGCUGACAUCCGAAUCACCAUUGUUUUCUCGAGAGCAGAUGGCCAACACAUUGAGUGGGGGUUACUUUGCCAUGCUGGGAACAUUGAGUGGCGAUGCUAAUGGGCUGUUCAUGAUGGAGCGAUGGCACAUGCUGAACAUGUUCUACCACAUCAUUGAGCUGCGAGACCGCAACGACCUAAUCCAAACCCUGCUAGGGAACAUGGAUUACAGCCGCGAAAGUCAUCUCCGCGUGAUGCUUUCAAAGGCUUUGACGAUUGGGUCUAAGGAAAUUCGGAUCUUCGCCACGAGAUUAUUGCGAAAAUAUGCCGUUGGUGAUGUUUCGCUCUCCCCCAACGUGGCCAUUGGGAAUGCCGAAUGGGUUGUGAAACUUCUCGUCACCCAACUCUACGACCCUGAAGUCACGGUCUGCCAAGUUGCCGUAAAGAUCCUUGAAGAGGCUUGCAAUCAGCGAGACUACCUGGAGUACGUUGUGAAGUGUCGGCCCUCCCUCGACCACCUGGGUGAGAUUGGUGCGCCGCUACUUCUUCGAUUCCUGUCAACCUCUGUCGGCUAUCACUAUCUAGAUGGCCUUGACUACAUCACUCAAGAGAUGGAUGACUGGUUCCUCGGUCGAAACGAUAGUUAUGUUGCCCUUGUCGAGGCUGCUCUUUCACGCGCCUACGUCGAACAACCUCGACGUGGCAGCCUUGCCCCCGAGGAUCUGGUGGACCUACAAGAUAUCGGGUUGGUGCCACCUCACUUCUACCGAGAACUUGCACGAACCGCCGAAGGAUGUAAGCUUCUCGAGCAAUCAGGUCAUUUCAACGAGUUUGCGUGGACUAUUCGCGACUUCAGGCUGGACGAAGAAGAAAAUGAAAUGUUGCUCAAAGCCAAAGGGUGCCUUUGGGCGGUUGGAAACAUCGGCUCUAUGGAACUCGGUGCCCCAUUCCUCGACACUGAGAUCAUACAACGGAUCGUGGAUAUAGCCACGAGUGCAGGAGUGCUCACCAUGAGAGGCACUGCAUUCUUUGUUCUUGGUUUGAUUUCCAGGAGUCGACAUGGUCUUCGUGUCUUGCGAGGAUUGGGCUGGGAUUCUGGCGUGGAUCAAAAAGGUGACUCUCUGGGUCUCUGCCUUCCAACUGAUUUCCGAAAAUUGUUCUGGAUCUCAUUCCCCGGCUUUGAUUCCAAAUCGAAGCGCACACCGCAAGAGAAACUCAAGGAGGCCACGUCGGACCCCGAUCCUGUGAAUCAACGGAUCCUGAAAUCGAUUGUGGAUAUGGGCAACACGGUGCUCGCCAAAAGAGCGGCGUCAGAGCUCCACAGCUUGAAAUCCAAACAGCCUGAGAAAUUUCGCCAAGUGGAGAUUUUCCGCAAGACACUUUGCAUCUUAGAAAGUCAUCACUACCGACUUCCGGCCCGUCGCUUCGCUUUGGACUUAUUCGACAAGAGCGUUAUGCGACGGAUUGUUCUCGAGGAAGACUAUGACUCGGAAUCGGAAUCGUCUGUCAGCUCUCAAUCAGAAUAA